GGUCGGCCUUAAAUUGAACAACUCUGGAAAAUUUGGAGCCUCUGCCUCUCCUCUCUUCUCUUCUCUUCUCAGUCUUGAUCAGCUUCGAUUUCUGUCCACUCUCUUUGGAGUGUUUCGUUUUUGGCUUCUAAUACUGUAUCUAAAUCUGGUGGAGUAGCUAAAUUUGUGGAAAGAUAUGGGAGAGGGGGAGCCGAAGAAGGAAGUGACCGUAGAAGUGCCUUUGGAUCCUGCGCCACCUCCGACUCCGCCGCCUGUCGAAGGUCCAAAAGACGCCGGGGAGGAGAAAACAGUUAUUCCACCACCACCGGAAGAGACAGAGAAGGUUGAUGACUCUAAAGCUCUUUCAAUGAUUGAAAAGGUCCCAGAAUCUACAGGAGAGAAAAGUUCUGGCCGCUCCAAUGAGAGAGAUGCUUCUCUUGCACGGCUUGAAUCAGAGAAGAGAUUGGCUUUGAUUAAAGCAUGGGAAGAUAAUGAAAAAACAAAAGCAGAGAACAAGGCCCAUAAAAAGUUGUCUGCCAUUGGAUCAUGGGAGAAUACCAAGAAAUCGGCUGUGGAAGCUAAGCUGAAAAAGAUUGAGGAAAAACUGGAACAGCAGAAGGCAGAGUAUGCAGAGAAAAUGAAAAACGAGGUAGCUCUAAUCCACAAAGAAGCAGAAGAAAGGCGGGCAAUGAUUGAAGCCAAGCGUGGGGAAGAUCUUCUUAAAGCAGAGGAGCAAGCUGCAAAGUAUCGGGCAACAGGGAAUACACCAAAGACAAUCACUGGAUGCUUUGGAAGUUGAAAUUCUAGGGUUCAUAAAUAGAGGGGAAAAUGAACGUUACCUUGUGUAAAUAAUGAAUUGUUCCUUUUGUGUUCGUUUGCCAUUUUAUUUGUUGUUUGCAUUUGGUGGUCUGAUAAAUUGUUCAUCUCUAUUUUUGUGUAUAUUGUGCCUGUGUGAUGGGUUUCUUUGUAAAUAGGAAAACAUAUUGCAUUUGUGACAGCUAGUUUUGAAUAUUCUGCAAGUCGUAAUUCAACCUACAGUUACCAUC